UGCCGUACCAUUCUCCCGCAGCGGCGGCGUCACUUUGCCGAACUUAACCAAUUUUAACCCUUUUUUACCACUGCCGUCGCCGCCGCCGUCUUCGAUUCCAUUCGCGGUUACGUGUGCGCGCGUCCUACUGUAUGAGUGUAUAGUCCUUGCACUUGCGACAACCAACCCACCGGCCGCCGGCUAUGUGAAGAGCGCCCCGGAACGGAACGGCUGUAUCAAAUGAACUACGUGUGUUAAGUUAGAAACCAUUUCGCCGCAAAACUACCAGAAUACUUCCGCAGGAGCAACUGAAACUAUUUUUCAGAUAUGGAAGUUAAGAGCGAAAAAUUGAACGAAACAACAGAGCAACAGCCUUUAAGCGAUAAAAAAUCUGAAGAUCACAAAAAAUUAAUUGAAUAUGGCAUCAACGAAUUAGUCGCAGAUAGGCUAGAUGAAAUAUACAAAAGCGGAAAAUUAGCACAUUCAGAUUUGGAUACUAGAGCUUUGGACGCGUUAAAAGAAUUUCCUGUAGAAGCCGCUCUUGGAGUUCUUUCUCAAUUUCUUGAUAGUAAUUUAUUGCAUGUUUCAAAUAAGUCUGCAUAUUUGUGCGGUGUUAUGAAAACUUAUAGACAAAAAACAAGAAUUACUCCUCAAGAGCCAUUUAUGCAACCCCUCAAAGGGCCAGAACUUGAUAAAGUGAAGGAAAUCUUAAAUAGGACUAACUAUAAAUUUGAUGUGACUACUGGACAAAGGAAAUAUGGUCCACCACCUGAUUGGACUGAACCCAAACCAGCUGCUGGAUGUGAGGUUUUUUGUGGCAAACUGCCCAAUGCAGUGUUUGAGGACGAAUUGAUACCAUUAUUUGAAAAAUGUGGAAAGAUCUACGAUUUACGAUUAAUGAUGGAUCCUUUGUCUGGAACUAAUCGUGGAUAUGCUUUUGUAACAUACACAUCUAAAGAAGAAGCAGAAAGAGCCACUGUUGAUCUCGAUGGGUAUGAAAUAAAGCCUGGAAAAUGUAUUAAAGUAAAUAUAAGUGUUCCCAAUCUGCGUCUUUUUAUUGGGAACAUUCCUAAGUCUAAAGGCAAAGAGGAUAUUAUGGACGAAUUUGGAAAAAUAACUAGUGGACUCACUGAGGUCAUAAUUUAUAGUUCGCCUGAUGAUCGUAGAAAAAAUAGAGGAUUCUGUUUCCUCGAAUACGAAUCACAUAAAGCUGCUUCUGUAGCUAAAAGACGUUUGAGUGCGCCAAAUUAUAAAGUCUGGGGUUGUGACAUUAUUGUUGACUGGGCUGAUCCUCAAGAAGAACCUGAUGAUGAAACAAUGUCUAAAGUUAAAGUUUUAUAUGUAAGAAAUUUAACUCAAGAAGUGACUGAAAAUCGUCUGAAAGAAACUUUUGAAGCUUAUGGCUCUAUAGAGAGAGUGAAAAAGAUUAAGGAUUACGCUUUCAUUCAUUUUAAUGAUAGAAACUGUGCUCUAAAGGCUUUAGAAGAAUUAAACGGUAAGAAUUUAGAUGGCGCUACAUUGGAAGUUUCCUUAGCUAAACCACCUUCUGAUAAGAAAAAGAAAGAAGAAAUUUUAAGAGCUAGGGAACGUCGUAUGUUUUCAAAUAUGCAAGGCCGUGCAUUUGGAUUGAUGCCACAACCAAUUUCUUUAAUGGGCGGUCUUCCUAGACCAGGUUAUCGUGCAGCUUCAAAUAAUAUUCGUAUGCCUGGUCGUGGUGAUUUUGAGUGGACAUCAUGGGGAUUGAACUCAUGGAUGUGGCCUUCUGCCCGCUGGGAUGCUGGGCCUAACACAGGGCACUGGGGAGCUGCACCAGCUAGUGCUAGACCAUGGCAUGGAGCAACUCCGAAUAAUAGGUCAUGGGGAGGAACCGGUGGAGGUGGCCGAUUUGGUGCUACUGGUAAUAGUGGUGGUGGCGUAUCAGGCCAUGGAAAGUUUACAAGAUAAACACGGCGAAAAGAGUUCUGAUAGAAGUCUCCAGAAAGCGGGGGGGUCAGCGCUUUCGGACCUGCAGCAGCCAUAGACGCAUUGUUGUUGGUUUAAAAGCUACUGGAUGGUGCAAGAGCGAAAGCGCUGAGCACAUGAAAUCAGCGUCUCUGAUCGCCAAUGGGGCACAAAAUUUGUCGUUAAUAUCUCAAUUUCUCGCUCAUGUUACCUAAUUUCAUUGUUAUUUAGAUGUAUUUUUUUUUAAUUAUUUUUACUUCCACCUUGUCUUUCGAUUCAUAUAUCUUUAUCUUAAAGCAACCAGAGCUGUGUUAAAAAUUUGUUUUUUUUUUUUAAAGAAACCAAACUGUCGUGACUAUAGAAAUUUUUGUUAUUUUUUUUCUAACUUUUUUUUAUCUUGUUAAUUUGACUAAAUUAAUUUUAUAGACAUUUACCAAAAUUCUUCCCCCUACUUCUGGAGGCAUAUUAUAUUGUUUAGGGGGACUAAAAAUUUGAUUUAUAAGUUUUCACUAAACAUUUGAUUUCUUUUCGUAUAAUCAGUCAAAAACAACUCGACUCGUGUAUUAUAGUUUUUUUUUUACAUAAUAUAUUUUUUUUAAGAGACUAUACCUCAAAUCCUUUACUAUAUUACUGAACAUAUACAUUAUUUAAUUAUUAUUAUUAUAUAUUAUUUUUUUUUAACUAUGCUUCACUUUCAGUUUUUACAAGACAAUAGUUUUAAAAUAAUCGCAAUACAUUUAUAUUAUUUUAUUUUGAUGCUUUAUAAUUUUAAUUGAUUAUUCAUGUAAUAUUUUUUUCUUUUUAUUUAUGUAAAAACCGGUUUUUCUUUUAGCAGGGUUGUCCUUAA